GACUGAUGAAUACAAACAGAUUUUCCUCUUCCUUUUAUCUCCUUCUUGAUUCUCCCUUCUAAUCUUUAUCUUCUUCUUCUUCUUCUUCUUCUUCUUGAAUUUGUUUCUCUUGAUUCUCCUUCUAAUUCUUCUUUCUAAUUUUUGGAUCUAUCAAAUUAGUAUCAGAGCUUCGAUCUUCUUGACCUGUGGUAGCUAUGGUAGAGAACACGAGGCUCCAAGAAUUGUGUUGGGACCUUUCUGAGUUCCAAAGAAAACACGAUGCGGAUGUGGCUAGCUUGGACAAGAGGAUGACAUCCAUGGAGAACGCUCUGAGGGAAGAAAUUGCUAAAGUCUUGCAAGCCGUGUCAACCAAAAGAGGUGCAGGACCACCAGAAAGCAAUCAAGCUUCCCAAGGACAGGCGUGUCAACCGAUUUACAUUGUAAGAUCUCUUGAAAACCCCAUUCCAAGUGAUCCUGUAGCUAGUAUGACUAAGUUUGGUAAAGUUGAUUUUCCUAGCUACAAUGGAACAGAUAAUUUUAGGGGAUGGUUGUAUAAAUGUAAUCGGUUCUUUAAGGCUCAUAACAUUUCUAAUGAGCAUAAGGAUCCCAUUGUCUUGUGGAAGAACCUUAAUCAGACUGGUAGUGUUAGUGAUUACGAGAAGGAAUUUGAAAGGAUUAGAGCCAAAGAACUGUCUGUGAACUCCAUAUUGAAGAAGGUUUGGGCUCCAUUGCCAUCCCUUAAAAGCUUACCCCCUUUACUGCCCUUGCCUCUAGAUUCACAGAGGUUACCACUUCCAAAUUCCUCUAAAUUUUCACCAAUCAACCUUAGUAACAACCCUCUAAUAUCGACUAUAGCUAAGAAUAGACCAAGGAAUGUCAAGAGCUUGUUUGAGGCUGAAUUAGAGGAUAAGAAGCAGAAAGGGUUGUGCUUUUGGUGUGAUGAGAGGUAUGGUCCAGGGCAUAGAUGUAGCAAGAAGAAACUCUAUAACCUGGAGAUAAUUUCUAUAGAUGAAGAUGCUGAAAGUGUAGAAACUAAUGAUAAGAAUUUUGAUCUUAAUCAGAUGCUUAUCACAGAGCCACAGAUCUCAAUCCAUGCAUUGACUAGUGAGGUGGGUUAUAAUACUAUCAAGGUGAUAGGUCAAGUGGGCAAAAGGCAAAUUUUGAUAUUGAUUGAUUCAAGAAGUACCCAUAACUUCCUUAAUGCUAAGCUAGCCAAAGAGUUAGGGUGUGAGAUAAAGGGAGCAAAGUCUUAUCAAGUCACUUUGGUUGAUGGUAGCAAGAUAAUAGGGGCUGAGAAGUGUGACAAGUUUGAAUGGGAAGUCCAAGGGCAUGUGUUUACUGCUGAAGUGAUGUUGUUGCCAUUGAGGGAAUAUGACCUUAUCCUCGGAAUACAGUGGCUAAAACCUCUUGGUCAGGUCCUAUGGGACUUUAAACUUCGAACUUUGCACUUCAAGUAUAAGAGCCAAUUAGUUCACAUAGAGGCUGCCCACAAACCAGCUGUUAAAUGGGUUGAAAAUGAUAAGUUGUUGUCCUUGUUGUUGAAGAAGGAGCAAGAUGAUAGAAGUGAUUAUUUCCUGGUACGGGUAAUAUCAAAGGUUGACUCUAUAUGUAGCCUUAAUGCCAUUGGGGUUGCUGAGAAGUCUGUCGAUUUAAGGAAGUUGUUGGAGGAAUUUUCAGAGAAUUCUUGGUAUAAGGAUCCAAGGCUACAACAGCUCAUGACCAUGUUGCAAACCAAGAGUAACAAUGAUGGGAAAUAUUCCUUUGUGGAUCACCAGUUAAGAAGAAAAGGAAAGUUGAUGGUGGGUAAUGAUAUGCAACUAAGGACCAGGUUAAUGCAAAUGAUACAUGCUGAGGCUAUAGAGGGGCAUUCAAGAGUAUUAGCCACUACACAGAGGCUGUCUUCAUUAGUUUAUUGGAAAGGCAUGAAGAAGGAUAUUAGAAAUUUUAUUCAAGGCUACCACACUUGUCAAUUACACAAGUAUGAACCCACUCACCUAGUUGGUCUUUUACAACCAUUGCCUCUACCUCAUCGAGUUUGGGAACAAGUCUCUAUGGAUUUUAUUGACGAUUUGCCAAGUUCCCAAGGCUAUACUACCAUCAUGAUUGUGGUAGAUUGGUUGAGUAAAUAUGCCCAUUUCAUACCAGUAAUGCACCCUUAUACUACCUCGAAGAUUGCUCAACUUUAUCUGUCCCACAUCUAUAAGCUGCAUGGCAUGCCUAAGAAGGUUGGUCCAGUGGCUUACAAGUUGCAAUUGCCAGAAAAUGCCGGGAUACAUAAUGUCUUUCUUGUUUCUUUGUUGAAGAAGAAAGUGGGAAAUGCACCAGUAACUUCCCAAUUCCCUGAUCCAUUGGUUCAUAAUGGGCAACAUCUCCUUCCUGACAAAAUUCUAGAGAGAAGGUUGCAAAAUUGUCAUGGGAAACCUGUUACUAUGUGGUUAAUUCAGUGGAAGGGGUGUACUGCUGAGGAGGCUUCUUGGGAAACUAGUGCUGACAUCCUCGCUAGGUUUCCAGAUUUUCAUCCUAAUCCUUGAGGACAAGGAUUUUAGAGAGGGAGGCAUUUGUUACAGUCCAUUUAUCUGUGCUAAGCCGGAAAUAUGGGUUCGUUUGUUAAGGAGUCUGUUGAGGCCUAUAAUUGUAAUUGCCCUUAUAUAAGGGAUGGCUUUGUAACUCAAAGUCUAUUGACUGAUGAAUACAAAUAGAUUUUCCUC